GUUCGGCGCCGAGGUCUGCUGGUGCUCCUACAACAUCUUCUCCACGCAUGACCACGUCGUCGCCGCCAUCGCGCGCGACUCGGCCGCCCUCUUCGCAUGGAAUGGCGAUACCCUCGAGGAGUACUGGUGAUGCACCGAGCGCGGCCUCGACUGGGGCGAGGGCGGCCUCGACUGGGGCGAGGGCGGUGCCCCUAACCUCAUCGUCGGCGACGCCACGAUGCUCAUCCACAAGGGCGUCAACGCCGAGGAGGAGUUCGGCAAGAUCCUUCAGAUGUGCGCACGGUUUGCGGGCUCUAGGCGGGGGCCCACUUUAAUGCGUUCAGUUUUUGCAGGCUGUUGCGGCAUCCUGUUUAUCAAUUGCGGGUCCAUGCGGCACAUAUGCGGGCCCCCGCUUGUUGUCCCACUUGCACCCUAUUCUCCGACCCCUGCGGUCAACGAGGUCGCCGCCCACCAUGCGUUCAUCUUCGUGUCCGCGCCGCUACCAUCUCCGACCCCUGCGGUCGUCGAGGUCGUUGUUGACCACGCGCCCGCCGUCGAGUCCGUGCCGAGAAGCGCGUCCGUCUUCACGUUCGGCUCGGGUGUGUGCAACUUCACUAGCGCUGCGGUCGCCGGCUCCGUCGCGCCGACGCGCCUGCAGUCGUCGACGCCUGCCGUCGAGGACGACGCAGUGCCGCCAGGGUAUCUGCUCAUUCCCGCGCACGGCUUGCCCGCACACGACUCCCCUGCCACGCCUCCUUCUUCACCGCGCACUGGAGCUCGCUACCGCCUCCUGGUUCUCAGAGCCCCGCUGUCCAGCACGCCGUCGGCCUCGCCAUCGAGCAGCCGCGGUCGCCGUGCCGGCUUGUGGAGCCCGACCGUGCUGGGACUUGCGAACAGCAUCGCGCCCAUGACUUAGCUCCCGGCGAAUCCUCUGACGAGGACGAGUGCGGCGGACGUACCAGUCGCCCCCGGUGAAGGGAGGAGCACGCGUGUAAUUCACCGCCGUAUCAGGCAGAAAUUGGGGAUCGAUUUGGCUUGGGGAUCGUAUAGACCCUGUAGCUUUUGCUCUCCUUAUCCGGUCACAGUAUCUAAAGGUAUAAUUGUUGCACCCGUAUGGGGCUUUCACAGCGAUUUCAGCUUCUGGACCGUCGGAUCUUUCCAUAAGUGCAUCUCAUCCGUCGAUUCUGGUUGCUCCCCACUGGCUAGAUCAAUCCAUGGAAUGGCAAAUUGUUACCCGCCUCCGGUUGCAUGUGGGCCCCACCUUUGCCGGCCCCACACGUCAGCCACUACGACUGGGUUCUCUGUCGGUGCACAUUGACAUUAGGCAGUGGAUCUCCACCCCGCAGGGGUAUUUUCGGUAUUUCAGCCUGGCCUGGUAUAAAAGUGAGAUCCCAGGGGAAAAAACCCUAGCCGCCUCGCGCCCCCGCUCCGCGCCCGCCCUCGUCGCCGCCGCCGCCUCCGGCCGCCGCCUCGCGGCUCCGCCCCGGCUGGCCUGCCCUCCCUGCUCCGGCUCCUCCUCCCUGCUCCACCUCCCUCCUCCGGCUCCUCCUCUGUGUCACCGGCACCCUGCCUCCUCCCAUGCUCCUCCGGAAGGAGCAACGCAUCGAGCCACCGCCGUCCUCUUCAACCCUCUUUCCCGCUGCUCUCUCCUCCUCAGCGGCCUCCCGCGACCUUGCGUCUUCACCAUCAUCGAAACGAGCCGCGGGAGGUCACGAGGGGGUGAGGUCUGGCGGUCCAUAGCCCGCACGAGCGGGAAAGGGGAAGGGGAGGGUCGUGAGUACCAGAAGAUGCGGCUAGGGUUUUCGUCGUGGCGGAUUUCUCCCGCGUUGACCACAGCCGACCUGUCCCAUGGUUGCCGGUAGAGAGGCGGCGCUGCUCUGCACCUCUCCUCCGACCAUGUCGAUUCAGCCCUGACGCAUAAUCGACGAAGUUUGCUAUAUCUAUAGUAAAGCAAAUGCAUCAGAGAGGGUGAUGGUUAAUGGUUGCUGGUUGGGGAGGACUCCAUCUGUUUGGUUUAGUUGUUCUGGGAAAAUUAUCGCAGAAAAUGGCAGUGAUGCCUGGUGGGCUUAUCUCAUUUGCUGCGCAUCUAUUUCCCUUGCUUCAGAAAAGCCAGGCAUAGUCCAGAGCAUUUUUGCUUUAACCUGAUAGGCGGAAAUUUGUAUGAGCAUCACGCAGUUCCCAGACACGUGAGGCUCGCCUGCCCGAGCUGUUGAUCCCGGUGUCUCCAGAGCUACUUUCGGCGACCACGUAUGCGAGCACCUGCUACCGAGCACGUCCAUGACUAGAUGAUGUCAUUGAUGCCCUAUCCCCUCCUCCUCCCUCUACUCUUCCCACCAUCUACGUAUGCCUUGAUUUUGUUUGACCUUUUUGUACAGAUCCAUGUUUAGAUCCGAUGAAAAGUUUCUUCAAGUCACAAGAUGGAUCAGCUAGAAGCUGCAAAAAGAUUACUAAGUUGGAAGCGCAGCGUGACCAAGCCCUAAUGACCCUUUCAGCGCAGCGUUAUCACUCCACGCCACCAUGUCAUAUGCAAAGUUAAUGGACUCAAUCUUAUCACCUACUCCAGUUUACAGCAGUAGUCUUCAAGCCUCCCAUGGAUUGGAGUGGUGGAUUUGCAGUUCUUCAAUGCCGACUAGGCAACGAAGAUUGAUAGUCAUUGCUUGGAUUUUUUGUGAUAUGAAGCAUUAUUCUGGAUGAUAGGUACUUCCCCCUAAAUCAUUCAUUAUUAUGCAUUUGUUGUCUGGUGAAAACUUAUUGCUUUUUUGAUUACGUGUGUCAACUCAAAAUUACAAUGCACUGAUGCGGAGUUGGAACCUCCUGCUCAAAGGAACAACUUUUUUUUAGCAAACCAAAGACAUUAGGUCAAGGUAUAUUCCAGGGUCUCUGUGUAUCAAGGAAAAUGCAAUACAUGAUUCUGGUUCCUGAUCUGCAUGUACUUUUGUAGCUAUGAGGUGGAGAGUACAUGUAGGUUUCACUAAACAGGUCUUGCCUAUUGUUUCCCCUUUGACUGUAGGAAGUGACAUGACCCCGCGAUAUAUACUAAUAAUCUCAGUGAAAUCUUAAAGCAAUCUUGAUAAUAUUAUACAAGUUUUCAUCAAAGGUGUUGAACACGUACCAGAGUUGGUUGCUUCUUCUAAAAAAACAUCCAAAAAAGUGCAGCAUGCCAGUUGAAUGACGGAUCUCACUGUUCAUAUUGUUGGUAUAACAAGACUGUGACGAGUUUAUUUUUGCCAUUAUUUUAUUGGAGAGAUAGAAUAUAAACAUAGAUGGUUGCAUGCCUAACUGCAUCCAGUCCCAUGCUUACUAGAGUUUCUAAAUGCACAUUUUUCCUGGACUUUCCUUUUUUUCAGGAAGGGAGGCACACUGAAGGGAAGCAGCCGAGAGUCACUUUAUAUUCAUCCUUGCAAAAAAAAAAGAUGGAGCCGAAUGAACCCAUCAACACCAAGUUCUACCAGCUUGGGAAUGGGGGAAGCUUGAUCUUCGAGCAUGACCUCAACACCGUCUCGGACUUCCUUGGCCGCCCACACCCCGAGUUCCACGGGAUCCAGUUGGACGACACGCCUGGAGGAGAGUUGCAGUGGGUGAUCACUACCGACUUGAGGGGCAAGAUGGAGCCUCCCACCUCGGAGAGGAUCCUCUUCUCCUUCCGCGAGAGCAACUGGCUCGACGGACUCGCACGUGGCCUUCAGGAGGCACUUGCGCGUCUCUGUGGACAAAACGUGGUGCGCCUCCUCGCCUCUCGCUUCGCGCAUCUCGUGAGGCGUGAUGCCACGGGAGUGCCCAUGGAGCUGCAGCCGCACCCGGAGUUGAGGCACCAUGCUGAGCACCUUGACUUCAUGCUCUACCAGACUCAGAAGGAUCUGGACGCCUCCCGCAUGUACGCGAACCAGACCCACGCUCACAUCAUCGAGCAGGGUGAGGCGAUCAAGCUACUCGCCAACGACCGCAAGACCCUUUGCCAGCAGCGUGCCAAGAAGGACGCUACGAUUGUGCGCCUUCGCGCCAAGAUAGCAUCUCUUGAGGCCACUGUCAAGGCUCAGGAGGAUCAGCUGAGAGAGAUGGAGGAAGACGACGGAGGUAUCGACCUUCAGGGAGGAGGAGCCUUCCUGAGCGACGACGACGACUUUGAGGAGGACGAGUUCACCGAGGAAGAGGACUACGAGUUCCUGGAGGCAGGACCCGACGACUUCGUCCCGAUCGAUGUAGAGGAUGAGUAGUAGUUGCACUAGAUCACUUAUGUAGGUGUGAGUUGUAUCCCGCCCAUUGUAUCAUAGCAUGAGAGAAUGGUUCUUAAAACCAUUGGAAGUGUUAAGUGU